AAUAAAAUAAUAAUAAAAAAAGGAACAAAGAAAAGAAGACAUCUCUUAUUGCAUUUCCACAUAUGAGCACGAGCAUCUCCUAACAUGGGUUUUGGAUAUGAUCCUAAACGUGUGAAACUCAUGUGCAGGCUCAAGAGAUAUUUGGUAACUGACUGGACUGAAAUUGCAAAGGUGGUUUCAGGCAGAACAGACAAUGCGGUAAAGAAUCGCUUCUCUACCCUUUGCAACAAACGAGCAAAACAUGAGGCAUUGUCGAAGAAGAACUAUGCAUACAUCACUCCAAAUAACAACAUGGUUGUAUUUCAAGAUGGCUGCAAUGCAGCCAGUAUGUCUGAAUCAAUAGAACCACUAAAGAAAAUCAGGUAUAGAAUACAUUGGGGUUUGCCCACUCUCAAUAACAAUAGAAUCUAAUCUUUUACAUAUUUGUAGAGAUUGCUCACAAAACAGUUUCUAAGAAUAUGUAUUUAUUGUAAUUUAGGACCCAUAUCUCAGACUUCACAGAAAAUUACAACAUGAAAGAAGGAUUGUUUGGGAGCUGUGGAACAGAAAAACAACAGCUAAAUCUAAAAAUCCAAUUAGAUUCAUGUUUCAUGUACUCGAAGCAUUACUGACAUUACUAAUUAAUUGAAGCAUCAGUAACAGAAAAAUGAAUGAGAAUGCCUUAUUAACAUUACUCUUUCAUCACAAUCUGAAAACAGUAUCAAAUAAAAAGGUUCAGGGAACCUUCCUUAGAAGGGAUGAUCCAAAGAUUUCCGCUUUGA